GUUUAGUACUAGUAGGCUCGUAAUGUUUUCUGCAGAUUUCGGCCGUCUCCAACUCUCGGGCCACGUUGACUGCGGCAGCAGAUUAGCGCCGCAGCUUCCUUUCCUCCGGCGAUGGCGACGCCGGCUGCAAAAGAUGCUGCUGCUCCCGCGGAGGAGGAGGAGGGUCCCGUCGCGGCCGGGCCGGCGGCGCCUGCGGCGAGGGUGAAGGUGCUCUUCUUCGCCCGCGCGCGGGACCUGACGGGCGUGGCGGAGUCGUCGGUGGAGGUGCCGGCAGGGGCCACCGCGGGGGAGUGCGUCGUCCGGGUGCUGGCCGAGUUCCCCAAGCUGGAGGAGAUACGCGGCUCCAUGGUGCUCGCGCUCAACGAGGAGUACGCGCCGGACUCCGCCAAGGUCGCCGACGGCGACGAGCUCGCCGUCAUACCGCCCAUCAGCGGCGGCUGAUGUUACCACGAGCGAGUUGGAUAGGGAAAAAGAAGAAAAAACAAAGAAAAAAAAAGGUUCAGUUUGCUUCGGUUCUUGCCUUGUUUCUCCAUACAAUGUGCAUACUGGAUAAGCAAUCUCCUGUUCUUGGCUCACAUUUUGUUCUUAAAAACACGUUGAUAAAUGACAGUUUGAUCUGAAAGACUGACCGAAACAGGAAUGCCCGUCUGUACUCAGAUA